GCCGGGGACAACAAACGGCAUCUGGUUCGGGGGGCGGAUGCGGUGGCAUUGGGGCUGGGGGAAACCAUGGCACUGAGCGCCUGGCGGAGGGUUCCCGUGCGCGGCAGCGGCAGCGGCAGCGGCAGCUCGGGCUCCCGCAGCCCCGCGCGCGGGCGGCUUCUCUGGCUCUUGUUGGCUGUUGGCGCUUGUGGCUGGGCGGGUGCCCAGGACGGUGGCGGAGCCGGAGCCGUAGGGGCCAUGGAGGAGGAGAUCGUGUCCGAGAAGCAGGCGGAGGCGAGCCACCGGCAAGACAGCGCCAACCUGCUCAUCUUCAUCUUGCUCCUCACCCUCACCAUCCUCACCAUAUGGCUCUUCAAGCACCGACGGGCCCGUUUCCUGCACGAGACUGGCCUGGCCAUGAUCUACGGGCUUUUGGUGGGCUUGGUUCUUCGAUAUGGCGUUCAUGUUCCGAGUGAUGUUAAUAAUGUGACAUUAAGCUGUCAAAUGCAGACAAGUCCGGCUACCUUAUUAGUGAAUGUUAGUGGAAAAUUUUAUGAAUAUACACUGAAAGGAGAGAUCAGUUCACAUGAACUCAAUAACGUUCAAGAUAAUGAAAUGCUUAGGAAGGUAACUUUUGAUCCUGAAGUAUUUUUCAAUAUAUUACUUCCUCCAAUUAUAUUUUAUGCGGGAUACAGUCUGAAACGGAGACAUUUUUUCCGAAACCUUGGGUCAAUCCUAGCAUAUGCUUUUCUUGGGACAGCCAUUUCUUGUUUUGUGAUAGGGUCAAUUAUGUAUGGCUGUGUAACCCUGAUGAAAGUAACAGGACAGCUGGGUGGUGACUUCUACUUCACUGACUGCUUGUUGUUUGGUGCCAUCGUAUCUGCAACCGAUCCAGUGACUGUUCUCGCCAUAUUCCACGAACUUCAAGUUGACGUUGAACUCUACGCGCUUCUCUUUGGGGAGAGUGUCCUUAAUGAUGCUGUUGCUAUAGUGCUGUCUUCUUCCAUUGUGGCAUACCAGCCAGCUGGAGACAAUAGCCACACGUUUGAUGUGACAGCCAUGUUUAAGUCUAUUGGAAUCUUCUUGGGGAUAUUCAGUGGUUCCUUUGCCAUGGGAGCUGCCACAGGAGUGGUCACGGCUUUGGUGACGAAGUUCACCAAACUUCGAGAGUUCCACUUGCUGGAAACAGGCCUGUUCUUCUUGAUGUCCUGGAGUACUUUCCUUCUGGCCGAAGCCUGGGGUUUCACUGGUGUAGUAGCAGUCUUGUUUUGUGGCAUCACACAAGCACACUACACAUACAAUAACUUGUCGCCGGAUUCGCAGCAUAGAACCAAACAGUUGUUUGAGCUUCUCAAUUUCUUGGCGGAAAAUUUCAUCUUCUCAUACAUGGGGCUGACACUCUUCACUUUCCAGAACCACGUCUUUAACCCUACUUUCGUGGUGGGUGCUUUUCUUGCCAUUUUCUUGGGAAGAGCUGCCAAUAUUUAUCCCUUGUCCCUUUUACUUAAUUUGGGCAGAAGAAAUAAGAUCGGAUCAAAUUUUCAACACAUGAUGAUGUUUGCUGGCCUUCGUGGUGCCAUGGCCUUUGCCCUGGCCAUUCGGGAUACUGCCACCUAUGCGAGGCAGAUGAUGUUCAGCACCACGCUCCUGAUUGUGUUUUUUACUGUGUGGGUCUUUGGUGGGGGCACCACGGCCAUGUUGUCAUGUCUGAACAUCCGGGUUGGAGUUGAUUCAGACCAGGAUCAUCUGGGCUUCCCAGAGAGUGAAAGAAGGAACACAAAAGCUGAAAGCGCUUGGCUCUUCAGGAUCUGGUACAACUUUGACCAUAACUAUCUGAAACCGCUCCUGACCCACAGCGGGCCACCUCUUACUUCCACACUCCCCAGUUUCUGUGGACCCCUCGCAAGAUGUCUGACCAGCCCUCAAGCUUAUGAAAAUCAGGAACAGCUGAAAGAUGAUGAUUCUGAUCUUAUCUUGAACGAUGGCGACAUUAGUUUGACGUAUGGUGAUUCUACUGUUAGCACUGACUCCAUGUCAGCCAGUGCUCCCAGGAGGCUUAUUGGAAACACCUCUGAAGAUGUCCUGGAUCGAGAACUUGCAUUUGGGGACCAUGAACUUGUAAUUCGGGGAACCCGCCUGGUUCUUCCAAUGGAUGAUUCUGAGCCCCCACUAAAUAUGUUAGAUAAUGCGAGGCAUGGGCCCGCUUAACAUGUCUGUUGCUCACUAACCUGACUGUAAAAUCCGCAUACACAAUUGUGAAGAAAUGUGUACCACCUACCAAGUCCAAUGCAUGUAUCUGACCGUUUAAGCUGUAUAAAUCCUGUUUAUAUGGCAUAGCAAGAAUAUAUAUAUUCUGUACAGGACAGACUGUGAACAAGCAGUUCUUCAACUUUAAAAAAAUCCCCUAUUGCCUGCACUUUGUGGAGUGGCAUCGUUUCCAGCUCCCCUGCAUAGUGAUAGUGUGGGUCCUGCUACCUUCCUUAACUCAGUACAAAAAGAGGCCCAGUUACUCAUUCUUCUCAUUACUUGACACUUAACCAAAAGACCAGAUUUGGGGAGUAUAGGUUUAGUUUGAGAUGGGGGAGGGGGUGGUGUCUUUUUUUCCCAGAAGAGUUUGGGGGCAGAGUCUAUUUCAGAUAAUAGGAUUUCAGCGACACUCCAUGGGCCCUGCCUUUUCUGGUCUAGAGCAUGAUUGCAGAACUGUGCUGGCUGGCUUCAGCUCUGACUGUGUUUCACCGGGGGGGGGGGGGGGGGGGGGGGUGGAGAGGUCACAUGUUUCUCUGGGCCAGGACAAGCCAGACUGAUGGGCACAGUCCAUGCCCUUUGUAAAGGAUAGAGGAAAGUGACUUUGAAACAAUAUUUAAAAAUUCCUCCUGGUCAGUAAGGACCUUGGAGGGUAUUGAACCCAGCUCUUUAACCGUAGUGAAAGAUCUACAUAGCAAGCACAUUCUGUGGGAGGGUGGGCAUAAUAGAAUAAUAGAAUAGGCCUCUCCUGAAACAUAUAAAUAUUCUGCCUCAGAUAUAUACCUUUAGAUGCUAAAUUGCUGCUUAAGUUUUGGUCAUGUAUGUGAUGCAUAAAGCAAGCUUUGUGGUUGAGCCCUUUCUCUUUCAGGCAUUAUUUAAGCCGCUUUUCUCGCUGUAAGCAGUUAGACGUAGCACCCUCAAGUUGACCAUGUCCAAGUGUCAUUUGUGUAAUACUGUAGUUGAGAAUGAAAAUUAAUUUAUAGCUCUAUUAUCGCACUUGUGCCCACUCCCAGCAUCCAGUGGAAAUGGGACCCAACUGCUGUUGGGUAAACUGGAACUUGGCUUCAUCUCCAAGUCACGUUUCCAAAACUGAUUGCAGACUGAAAGGGAGAAGAAUGUUGCCUUUUCAGUAGUUAAAAAUCAUUGCACUUUGAGAACUCCUUAGCAUGCUUUGUGUCUAGUUGUCUUUAUUUCUCUAUUCCUUUUUAAUAUGAAAUACUUGAGCUGCCAUAUGUAUUUGAAAGUUUUUGUUUUUUCCUUGGAGGAGCAUAGAACAAAAUUUACAAUUUCGAAUUCAGUUUAUGAUGAUGGAAAUUAUUUGCAAUGAAGACUGAGAACUCUUUUUUUUGUUUUUACUCUUUUUCAAAUGCAAACACUGACUACUUAUGUUUCGGAAAAACAAUUCAAUGUUUUUUUGUUUUCUUUUGUUUCCUUGGAUCUGAGUAACAUUGCCUUAAAUUGUUUUCCUCCUGGCUAGAACUGAUCUCUUCGUGUUCUAGAGUCCCUAUGCGAGUUUGUUCCAAGCAGGCUGUAUUCUUGCCCCCUGCUCUUUUGUGUAUGUAGUAGAGGUUUGCACUUAGUUAUGGCAGUUUUAGCUUUUGAUGUAGCCAUUGGUACCAUAGUGCUAGUGACCUUCCUGCCAUGCAGGAAUUCUGUGACAUACUCAUUUCUCUGAUGUUUGCUUCUUCGUGUAGUCAAAGAUUUUGUCAUUGUGUGUUUUGAGGUGCUGUAUCGCUUCCCCAUACUAUUAUACGUGUUUCGAAAGGAUAUUCAAUAAAGAUCUGCCACUUUUUUAUGCUGUCAUGUGGCUGAGUUCGGUUUCUGAAUUGUUAGAAUUCCGUUAAAUGUCAAUUCCCACUGAGCUGGUUCUUACCUCUGGGGGAGAGGGGCCACUGACACCUAUUUCAUGAACUCAUCACUUUUUAGUUGGGCAAAUCUACAUCCCAACUUAUGGAAGGAGAGGAGGGAAGCUCGCUAUUCCAAUGUCACCCCAUGGAAGGUUUUACUUUAUACCAGCACCUGGGGCAAAAAGGGAACUGGGAUAGAAGAGCCCUUCCAAACUCUGGGAGAGGGAGAAGAGUAGACUGGAGAUGUUGGAUUUUCCUUUGGAGUAGAGUCUGAGGGGCCCAUCUGACCAACUGCUUUCACACUGUUCCCCUCUGAGUGUGUGACACAACACUUCCCUCUUGGAAAGGAUUAUUGAAGGACCAUUGGGGUUUCACCUUCGUUCGAAUUUGCCCAAGUGGCCAUAGAGUAAUUGGUUUUUGGUAUUCAUACUCCCUUAAUUUUCCCUCAGAGGACUUGUGGAAAUGUCCUAGGAGUUUCUCUUAGAAAACGCUGUCAUUUAAGAAAAACAAAUAACAGCCUUGCAAAGCCAUUUCUUCUUAGUGAGAAGGAACAAAUGCUACCUUCCUUUUAAAUUUUCUGCCAUCCUUUAUUUUUGCACCUUUGGGAAGAGGGCUGAUUAAGCAGACAAAAACAAGAAGAUGAAACUCGUGAACCGGCAAAUGUCUGAUAUGUAUUUGUACAUCAGGGAGUGUUUGCUUAUGCACACAGUGGAGCUGUUUAAGAAAUUGGACUCAAAGCAAUUGACAGAUUGAUUUGGGGGCCAGCUUGGCCCACUGAAAUGAGCUGCAAAUGCUUCGAUUUUAAUUUCAGGAGAGAUGAAAUUCCGUACCCAGGCAGGUACAAAAGUGACUGUUUUUAAGCAUGGCUGAGAUAACAAGUAUAUUUCUUGCUCUUUGCAUAUAUAAAAAUGUUGGUACAAUUAAAAUUUUAGUAGUGUAUUUGUCUAGUCCAAUAGAAACUUGUCAACUGUGGUGUGGUUUGCCAUAGCUACUGAGCAUUGUUGCAACUGUGUUCACAUUGACUAUUUCAUUGCCCUGUGAAAAGAUUCUGGGCCUUGAAUAAUGAGUUCAUUUCUUGAAUAAAGCCUGUAUCAUUUCCUGAUUCAUCCGAAAUAAAAGCCUGAAACAGA